AUGAAAUUCUCAACUUGCUUACUUUUUUCUUUUUUGAUAAUUGGCGUUGUGUCUUAUGAAAAUAAGUUCCGUUUCGCUGGAACUAUUCUUUGUAAGAGUGAUAAACCAUGGUGUAUCAGGAUUCGAGUAAUAGAAGUGGAUUCAUUGAUUGAUGAUGAAAUUGCUGCAGACGACUUUUGUUCAAAUGAAACAACCCGAACUUAUGAUAUUGAAGGAGUUGAUGAGAACGAUGGCUUGCUAGAUAGAAACUUCGAAAUUCAAAUGGUGGUCACUCACAACUGCAGUCGCUCAACUGACACUGUCUUCAAAACUCAUAUCCGUAGAAUCCCAUUGCCGAAAGGUCCAACUGAACAUGCUACAAUUCGUCAACAUCUCAACCUAAACACGAAUAAUCCACAAUAA